AUGAAAGCUGGAUUUGAAGGUGCACCACUUUCUUUAAUCAUUUUUAUUUCUACACUCACCCUAUCACUUAUCUCAUAUUUUGGAUUUCUUGGGAAAGAUACAUUAAUACUGAAUGAAGAAUGGUAUAAGCAUCCUUGGUGUAUUAUCACUAGUUUAUUUUGCCAUUCUUCUAUCAGUCAAAUAAUAUACUCUUUACUAUUAAUUUAUACUUUUAGAAUUCUUGAACGAAGAUGGUCAACACGAAUAUUCCUUCAACGACAUAUUCUUAUAAACGUUAUAAGUCUCUUAUUGUCAGUAUUUAUUUUUCGUUUCACUCAUAAAUUUUAUUCGUUACAAACAAGUCAUACAGUAUUUAUUAUUUAUUAUUAUUUAGAAGUAUUACCAUUAAUUAAAUUAAAAAUUUUUAUGUUAGAAACUUCAGAUAACUUCUUUGUAUAUUUUUCAUAUAUUAUGAUGUUAUUUAAUAAUUUUAAAGAUGGGAUAUUUUUUACUUUAAUAGGACUAAUUGCUGCACUUAUCUCUUUAUACCCACCAAUUUAUUCAGUUUUUCCAUCACUCCCUCAUUCAAUAAAUUCAAUGAUUGACUCUUUCUUUGAUUAUAUUGACAAAAUUCAAACACCUUUUACAUUCAUUCAAAACAAUAAACCUCAACGUCGUCAAAUAGAAGGUGAAUUUAUGCAAGCUAUGAGAGAAAAUAUAAACCCAAUUAAUGAACAACCUACUCAACAAACACGAGACCAAAAAAUACAAACAAUAAUGGAUUGUGGAUUUACUCGAGAACAAGCAACAUUUGCACUAAAUAAUACAAAUGGAAAUGUAGAAAAUGCAUUAGCUUUCUUAUUAGAUAAUGGAAAUUAUUAA